AUGGUCCGUACAGCCACUACAGUAACUCUACACUGCGCCUUCCUGUUCUGUCGCUGCACCAACUUUCGUCGCCUGUCUCUUCGCCGCCACCGCCGCCUGUUGGUCGCUGCUACUGCUCACUUUUGUGCUGGUCCCGAAAGGCCUGGUCUGCCGACGACCACGACCGCUUUCGCCAUUGACUGUCGUGUAUGUCCUGCUCCCGGAAUGUGGUUCGCGCAGCUGCUGUUCCUUCAGUCAGUCGGCCAACCAACCAGCCAGCCAGUCAGCCAACCAGCCAGCCAGCCAGUGGGUUCCUUCUCCGGCUACCGUUAA